GAAAAUCGCGAUUUUUGAUAGCUGACGAUAGUUGUAGCAAUUUUGGGAAAUCUUAGCAAAUUUGGGAUAUCCAUCACGCUGAAAUUUUCUCAAAAUAAAGCAGUAACAGCGUCAAUAGUCAAUCGUUUCGAGCGCUAAUCGCAUGAGAUAUGCUCCAGAAUGCGGGAUAAACUGACAGUCGGUCUGUACAUCUUCAUUUACGUGUUUUCGGGCAACUUUUUCCUGAUUUCGCGCACCACAACACUCCUGAGACUCGAUCCUCGCACAAAUGGCAUCAUUUCGCACGACGCGUACGUCGCUUCGAUGUCUUCCGACACACAGAUGCACGACGAAAUGUUCCAAAUUAUCUGCACGGGUCGCCUGCAGCACCAAAAAGUCGUCAAUGGAUCGAUUUACAACUUGCACGACGCGGGCAUCUUGAGUUACCAAACACCCCCCGAUGAGACCAGCAGUAUCGAUUCGGAAGUCCUCGAUUGCGGAAAACCCGUCAAUUUUACGUAUUACGACGACUUGAUUGGCGUUGCACAACGUUUUACGCAUCCCAUUGUGCCGGAGCCCGAAGUAUCGUACAUCUUCUUUAACACGAAAAAAGACACAAAGUCCUUUGACAUUGAUGCGCUCGAGAGGCGUCUGAAGAAGGCAAAACGCGAAAAACCCAAAUCCGUUCAGCUCUACAACAAAAUUGGAAACUUUUGGCGCAUCAAGGGCGACGUGCGACAGUCAAUCGAGUGUUUUAGGCGCGCACUUGCCGUGAGUCCCACGAAUGCGGAGGUACUAUUGAACUUGGCAAGGGUCCUCUUUAACUUGCAAUUUCUCGAUGAUGCCAUUUAUCUUACAAGACGAUCUUUGGAGGUACAACCGCCAGAUAAGUCGCCAUGGAAGCAAUAUCUGACGCUGGGCGAGAUUUUCAAGGCGUACGGGCACUUUCAAGAGAGUCAGACACACUUGAGGACCGCACUUGAACUCAUGCCGGAUCACAUGGGCAUCAAACAAGCUUUGCUCGACGUCGAAAAUAUUCCAUCGUCAACGUUGCAUGCUUACACGAUUCUCAUCAUACUGUUUUUGGCAUUGGGUGUUUUGCUGCUCGUUGUGUCAUCCACAGAGUCUAGUCAAUUGUCAGAAGUUUCCGACAAACGACAUCUAAAUCGGAUGUUCUUUCGACAGCACAAAGUUAUUCGGAACAUAAAGUGUCGCAACAAGUAAGAUAUCGAAGUCUCGAGACGAGCGCAAGCCAAAUAAAAUUGAAAAAAAAAUUAGCUUACAUCCUUUUCACUUUAACAAAAUUUAUGGGACACACGCAAAAAUCUAUUUAAAAAAAAAAGAAAUAUUUAAAAAUUAUUCAAUGUGUAGUAGAGUAAAAAAAAGAAAGAUACAUACAUUAAAUGUAGAAACCAUAAAAACCACAAAUUAAUUCAAUUCAAUUUUUUUUUAAAUUUAAAAAAAAAUUUUUCUUAAAAAAUAUUUUUUAAAAAAAUAUGUUGCGCUCAUUCAUUUUGCCUUCUUCUUAUUUAUGUACAAAUUGUGAUAUUUUAUUAUUUAAUAAUUUUUUUUAUUAAAGUUGUUUGAUUUAUUUUAAAUUAAAAUUUAAAACUCACCAAAAUGUCAAAGUGAAUUC